AUGUUUGGUAUCCUCGAGGCAGUAUCCGUGCCCCAUUCGGGCAUAUUCGCCAGCUAUGAAGAACUUUUUAAGGAUCUCAGCGACCGGAUGGAAAAGGAUGGUUACAAGAUUGUCAAAGCCAGAUCCCAUCGAGGCAAAGUGGGCGGUGCAGACAUUCCAGGAAACGAUAUAGUCCGAUGCGAUCUUGUCUGCGAUCGAGGCGGCCGUCCGUAUCGUUGUAUGGCUACGAAACACAAAACGACUACAAAAAAGACUGAUUGCCCAUGGAAAGCCAAAGCCGUCCAUCGAAAGACCAUGGGUGGAUGGGUUUUGACGAUUACCUGCGAUCAGCACAACCACGAGCCAGGCACACCCGAACCACCAACCCCCGAACCCGCAAGCGAAGACGAGACAAAUAUUGUUGAUGACCUGGAUGGCGAUCAGAGUUUGGAUGCAGUUGGCACGCCACUUCUGACAUCUUGGGCAGAUGAUGGUCCUCAACCUGACGUCGAAACUCAAGCUGCAAUCCAGGUAGCAGGUGUCUCUAACGCAGUUCUCCGCUUGACUGGCGAUACUUUUCAUCAAUUCAAGAGCGAAUACCGUAAAAUGUCGCAUCCCGACAGGGUUGGAAUUCUCUCGCAACUUCAGCUCCGUAUCGCCGCCAUCUACGCUGUACAGAAUGAGGAUUUGCAGAGACAAAAGCGUCAAGAAGCCCAAGACAAGCGACACAAGCAGAUUGAAGAAACCAAGAGACAAAGCUCAGCACAAAAGCAGCGGGCUAGGCAACGUCGUCAGCAGGUUGUCGAGCAGAAUCAGCAGCAGCAGCAAUUACAUGUGCAACACAUUCAACAGCAACCGCUGCCGCAACAGACUUCUCAGGCCCAAGCCCAGGCUCAAGCUCAGGCUCAGGCACAAGCACAGGCACAAGCGCAAGCUCAGGCACAGGCUCAGGCACAGGCUCAAGUCAUGAUGCAGACGCAAAUGUAUCUUCCACAGAAUCCCCAGCAAACGCCAAUCCCUGUACCAACUAUGGAUAUGCCACAAUUUCAGCACUAUGCCGGACCUCCUAAGAGGAUGCGCGGACGACCAUCACAGGGAGGGCAGAAUUAG